AUGCUGUCUGUCAUGCAGAGGUCAUCAGAGCAUGAUAUACAAGAGCACGCCGAUGACUCGCAGAAGGUUGUCGACCCUGAGAAGGGCCCAGAGAUCGAGACCUCCCUCAGGAUUCACGAAGAGAGCCAUUAUCCCGGCAGCGGCACUCACGAGGAUCCUUACAUAGUCGACUGGGACGAAGAUGAUACUGAAAAUCCAAUGAAUUGGUCCAAGUCAUGGAAAUGGGUCAUUACUUUGCAACUUGCGUUCGCCGCAUGGGUUGCAUCGUUCUGCAGCAGUGCUUAUAGCGGCGGAAUAAAUUACACCAUACGUGAUUUACACAUCUCCAAAGAAACAGCUCUUUUAGGCAUAUCUCUAUACGUGCUCGGUUUUGUGGUCGGCCCCCUACUGUGGGCGCCGCUCAGCGAGCGGAUCAUCUUCCUGGGUACCUUUGCAGCCUUCACACUCCUACAUCUCGGAGGCGCACUCUGUACCAAUGUCGCAACGCUCCUCGCCACCCGCCUGCUCGCCGGAAUAUUCGGAGUCUCACCUUUUACGAACUCUGGUGCUGCAUUAACUGACAUUUGGGUCGCCCGCGAUCGGGGUGUCGCGUCAUCUCUCUAUGCUUGUGCACCGUUCCUAGGACCGGUGAUUGGACCUAUCGUGGGCGGCUGGGUCUCCAUGUCCCGUUUAGGCUGGCAUUUCGUUUUUUGGAUCAUGUUCAUUGUGGCGGCUCUGUCGUUCUUGGGCUUCGUGUUCAUCGCGCCGGAGACUUAUCCGCCAGUGCUCCUGAGCAGGCGUGCGCGAAAGCUACGCAGAGCGACUCAAGGAAGGGUCGUAUACAUUUCCAAAUACGACGUCGGACGCUCCAAAGAUGUCUUCGAAAAAUUCAAGAUAAAUAUGGCGCGUCCCUUCAUCUUCCUUGUGACGGAGCCCAUUGUGUUGCUCCUCGCUAUUUAUAUCGCCAUCGCGUACUCGAUACUGUAUGUAUUCUUUGCGGCGUACCCGAUUGUGUUCCAAGAACAACGGCAUUGGUCUCCCGGGCUGGGCGGACUCGCCUUUAUCGGGGUCGGGGUGGGCACGACGGUAGGGUUGUGUCUAUCCCCAUUGCAGAACAAGUACUAUAGGGAAGCGAUGGCGCGGAACUCAACCGGCCUCCCCGUGCCGGAGGCGCGGCUGUUUUCUCCAAUGAUCGGAGGCGUAUGUCUUCCCAUUGGUCUGUUCUGGUUUGCCUGGACAAGCCCGCCUCAUGUAUUCUGGCUCGUGCCCAUUCUCGCGGGCGUGCCGUUCGGGACCGGCGUUGCACUCGUUAUGCAGGGACUCACGCAGUACCUCAUGGAUGCGUAUCAAACCUACGGCGCGAGCGCACUCGCAGCGACGGUCGUCCUCCGCUCGAUUUGUGCGGCGGUCCUCCCUGUCAUCAUUCCGAUCAUGUACAAGAAUCUUGGCGACCAAUGGGCGAUGGGAAUAUUUGCCUUCCUCGUGGCGGCGUGCAUGCCGCUGCCCUUCCUUUUCUACGUUUACGGCCCGCGAAUACGCCAGCGCUCGCGGUGGGCGCUGAAGGAUACCCUACCACCUCUGCUGCUGAAAUACUACGCAGGGCUCCCUCAUCCAAGCUACCGCUCGCACGUCCCAACACACGAAUUUAUCAAGAUGACGAAGCGAACCCGCAAGGUCGGCGUGACUGGAAAGUACGGUACCCGUUAUGGUGCCUCCCUGCGUAAGCAGGUCAAAAAGAUGGAAAUCACCCAGCACGCACGAUACACCUGCACUUUCUGUGGCAAGGACUCCGUGAAGCGUCAGGCAGUCGGCAUCUGGCGCUGCAACUCAUGCAAGAAGGUGAUUGCGGGUGGUGCAUGGACGGUCACGACGACGGCAGCUGCCACUGUCCGCAGUACUGUUCGUCGGUUGCGCGAGAUUACGGAGGCAUAGACGAUCUCCGAUUUCCAUACCUUCCAUGCUAUGUCAUAGGCUUUCUCGCUCGCAUUUUCAUAUCAUGCAAAUAUGUACUUUUGGCACGGUCAAGAUAGACUGCCAUCAUCGACAGCUGCAGAUCAUUCCAAGCAAGAUAUAAUGAGAUGCCUGU